UAUAUUACGAGAUAAGGUUCAUUUUAUUCAUUCCAACGAGGAGCUGCUACUCUGUGAUUUGAAUACUAAAAACAUCGUACAUUCAAAUUGUGUCUGCUUGUUUCGUUAUAAGAAAAAAAAAGUAAAUAAAUUCACGCUUUUUGUUUACGUUCCGACCGAUGUCUGUGUUAGUGCAUGUUUUUCUUUAACUUUAAUAUCUUUAAGGCCAAUACAAAGUUACUUGGUCGUAAUCGUAUUAAAUAUAUCUUUGACAGUUUUCUAACCUUUUUUUGUUUGUAUCUGAUUUGUAUCUUAUUAGAAUAUCCAAUCUACCAAUAAUGGCGCCAGUUACAUCGGAUUUGGUACAAAUCGCGCGCAAAAGUAUCAAAACUAGUCCUGUCAUGCAACAUCAUCAUCAUGAGCAGCAACAACAGCAAGCAGCUGUAGCAAUGCAGCAACCACAACAACAACUACAAACGCCAGUCAUCGUCAAAGAAGAACCCAAAGAGACUGAUUUGAAGUCUGUGGUGACGACGACGACACCACCAACAUCUACCAUCAAAUUACCCGAAAAGAUGAUAAAGCAAGCUGUUUCGACGGACGAGUUACUCUCACUACAGCAAAAAUCCAAUAAAAUUCCAUUAAAAUUUGUCAACGCACAUAUCACCUGUAGCAUUUGCAAGGGAUACUUAAUUGAUGCGACAACACUUGUGGAGUGUUUACAUUCAUUUUGCCAUAGCUGUAUAAUGAAGCAUUUACGUAUACAGGACUACUGCCCAAAAUGCGAUGUGCUCGUGAAUAAAGCAAAGCUCAAUAUAAAACCAGACACAACGUUGCAGGCAAUCGUUUACAAAUUAGUACCUGAGUUAUAUGAGAAGGAAUUGUUAAGGCGAAGGGCUUUCUAUAAGAUGUGCCCGAAGGAGGCGGCUCUCGCCACACCCGAUCAGCGUGGUGACGAUACAGAAAAUUUAAUUUUCAGUCCAAAGGAAGCGCUUUCCCUAUCACUCGAGUUUGCCGAUAUAGAGGAUUUGCCAAAAAAGUCUGAGCUCAAGAAGCCCAUUUACUUACAAUGUCCUGCGAUAUUCCAAGUGUCUCAUUUAAAGAAAUUUGUAUUGUCAAAAUUUGGCAUCGAUGGCAAUCUACUGAGUGUUGAACUCAUGUACAAGGUAAAGACGAUUGUCUUGCCAGAUCAUUACACGCUCAUGGAUAUUGCGUACAUUUACACGUGGAAACGUGACGCUCCAAUGCGCUUCUACUUUCGUGUCAUUAAAAACUUGCAGCCUCUAACAAAGACGGAGAAACCUAUGGAAGAGGCAAAAGCAAAAAUCAAACAAGAAAGUGAUAUCAAGUGCGAAACAAACAAUAAUAGUGUUGAUAAUGUGAUAAACAAAAAUGAAAAACACGAAUCGAUUAAACUGAAGAUUGAAUUAUCGAAACAGGGUAACAUGGUGAGCAUACUUAAAUCCGGCUCACAAUCAGAAAACAAUCAAAGUGAUAAGAAAGAAAGCAAAAGUGUGAGUUUCAAGCCAUUAAUACCAAAAUUACUGCUAAUUAACAAACCAAAAGAUCUUAAACACAAAUCCUCAAGUGAUAUAGACAAAGCUAAGCUCAAAGAAACAGUGAAAAAGAUAAUGAAAAACAAUGAAGGCAAGCAUGAAAGAAAGAAGCUUGUUGCUUCGGAAAAAUUAGCGAGAAAAAUUAGUGAACUCGCGAAAAAACACGAAACAUCGACAAAAACUACCGUGCCAGAAAUUGAUCCCAAAAAGUCUGAAUUUUUAAAUGCAUUCCAAUUAGCGCCGCGUAAAGUUGUCACACCAAUCGUCGGUGCAACGUCAUCAACAUCGUCACCGUCCAAAACUCCAUCUCAGUCAUCAUCGAGUACCGUAACGCCAACAUCGCAGUCAUCCGUCACAUCAUCGCCACAAAAACCGCUUCGCCCGAUUGCACCAAAAGCUGCGAUACCCAGUCUCAAGCCAUUGUCUGCGUAUCUCGGUGCAAUGCCGAAACGUAAAAAUAAGGAACCAACAAAGAACGGCAUGCAUAAUGGCGGUGCAAGCAAUAAAAAAGCAAAAACGAACGACCUGAAGCAAGUACUUGAAAAAAUUAUUCGCGAAAAAAGUAAUCAGAGUAGCAUGGCGAACGAUAAAAAAGAAACGAUAUCAUUCAAUUUGGCACCGUUCCCAAUUGGGUCAUCAAAAGCCGAGAAUACAACGUCGUCAUCUCUAACAACUACAAAUACGACAGCAACACCAACAAAGACAUCACAGUCACCUAAAAUCGACAAUCAUAUGCCAGUUUCUGUCGCUAAUGCUUCUGUUGCUACUGCUCCCACCUUGCCAUCGUUGAAAGGGAUUUUACCUGUAUCAAAUGUCAAUGGCGGGCUACAAAUGCAAUAUCAGCAGCAACAACAACAACCACAGCAGACAGAUGUAAGUAAUAAGAAUAAAAAUAAUGUUAGUCCUAAGCAAAUAGUUCCUAAGCGAGCAUUGUCUCCAAAUGCAACAAAGAACCCGUUAGAACCAGUGUUCAAGAAACCAAUGAAUAUCACUCCGACAUCUACAGCUAAGAAACCAACUCCCGAAAAAGCUAAAGACAAUCAAAAGACACCAAAUAAGAAUGUUAAUGCCGCGAAAAAGGGUCCAAACUUUCCGCCGAUCGCGCCUCGUAAUGUGCCAUUUACGCCUCCACACAAACCAAGUAAUUAUUUGAACUUUGCACUCAUGAAUUCAUCUAAAAAUGGCUCAAUGCCAAUGAAUCGUACACCCAUGUACAGUCCUUUCUCACCAAUUUAUGCUCCAAAUUCUCCUCAGUACACACCGAACUUUAACAUUCAACCACGACCCACGUACAAGUACACGAAUCCACAGGCCUAUGCGAACUUGAUGGAUAACAUGUACAAAACUAAUGAGCUUUUCCCUGCCAACAAUAAUGCUCCAAAAGCAAAUUCUCCGAAAAACAUUGAGCCUCCAAAGAAGAGUCCAAAUGGAGAAAUGCGAAAAUCUCCUCAACUCUCAUCUCAAAAUAAGUCACUUAUACCGCCAAUUUCCAAUCCUCCAAUGAAUCAAGUCAAGAGUAUUAGCCCUACAAUGAAGAACCAAGACAACAAUAACAAGAAACCGAACGCCAAUUCCCUCUUGAACAAACUCAAUUUUCCAUCGUCCUUAUCGGUAACACUAACAACAGACACGGAUGAUUCACGCACCAAUUCUCCAAGUAACAAAAACCAUUCCAGCGUUAAUAAUUAUAUUGAGAUUGUCAAGUUACCCGAAUCACCUACAAAUCAUAAUACGACAAAUAAUACGAUGAACGGUAACAACAACGGCAUCCCAACGAACAUUGUUGGCGGCAAACAAACGCCAUCACCCGGCAGUAUUUCACCGCCAAAAACUAUUAUUAAAAUCGACGAUGUCAAGAAAAUGGGUGAAAAUGUGCAUAAAGACAUCAUCAACAAGGUAAACGAAAUGUGUUCGACAAACGGUAAUGCCACACCAAAUAAUAACAAAAGUCCCAAGACUACCGCCGAGAAUGAUAAUAAAUUAAACAAAGAGAACGGAUCGAAUGCAAACGUGCCACCCCCUGCUGCCGCUAAGCAAAACGGCAAUAGCAAGGAGACGUUCCAAACGAAAUUCCUCGAGUCGAUUCUCCCUAAGCUCAGUGAAAAACAAAACGAAAAUGAAAAAACAAAAUCGCCAAAAAACAAUCAGAAAAGUCCUACGUCACCUGCCUACAGCAAAGCUGUACAAAACAAACUCGGUGAAUUGCGAAAGAUUUCUCCCAAGCCUCCACAAAACAAAGUAAAAAUCACGCCGCCACCCAAGGCAUCUCCUACUGGCAUUCCUCCCCCAUCUCAAUCGCCUCUUCAUUUCGAUCAACGUUCCAUGCAACAAAUCCCGAGUCCCACAUCGACUCCAAAUUACGCAUACGAUCCCGCUAAAUUGGCAACUUUGUUCCAAGAUUUCGCAGCUGCCUCGCAAAAUCCCAUGCAAAACAUGUUCACUGGCAUGCAAGCGAAUCAAGUAACGCCCUUCAAUGCCGUGCCGAUGGUAAAUCUCAUGCAACAAGCAUACUUGAUGGAACAAUGGCAAAAGUUGCAGCAAAUGCAAAAGAGUGCGGAAAAGACGUACAUCGAAAAUUGCCUGCAAAGCUUAAAAUCCUCCAACAACAAUCAAGCGUCGAGUAAUAGACUUGAAUAG